GAGUGAAAUCGCGCGCUUUCUUCUUAUUGUCAAGAGAUCAUUUUUAUGAUGCCGAAGUAACGGCGAAUCGAAGGCGUCAUUGCGACGGCGAGAUUAGGGUUCUGAUUAGUAAGCCCCCUGCGGUUCUUUUUCUUUCGUCCUUGUUUUCGCCUGCAAGAUUCUCGCCUUCGAUCGGUCGCCAGCGAGGAGCGAAUCGCGUCCACGUUUUCCCAGGUCAUGUGCUUUUCCAGAAUCUUUUGUCUCUCAUAAUCUGUCACCAUCGAAAUUAUAUACUGUGCACGAAUAAGAUUAGGUAUUUAUGUUCAUCUUUGCGUUUUAGGUAGGUUUUCCGAUUUCAAGUCUUGGCGAAAGUUCUAUUUAAGUUUUCUCUGCGAUUUUAGGGUUAUUUGAUUUUUGACAGCAAAUGCAGAUUUCUUAGUACGUAUCUUUUAAUUUUUCUUCUUUAAUCUCUUGAAAUUGUUUGUUUACUAUGAGUUCAUAGUGGAUGAUAAAAAGUUCGCUUCUUUGGUUUGCUUCUCGAUUACCAAAUCCCCUGCACGUGAAUGUCAGUGAUCGUCCCCCCACAUCACAAAACAUCCACAUCUAUUUCUCAGAUAUAGAUAAAAGUACCCUUCUUCUCCGCGAUGGCAGGUGAAACAGUUGUUUCUUGAGCUUUUUUUGGUAUUUAUUUAUACCAAGUGCAUUGAUGUUAGUCUCAUCGUUCCUUUAAAAAGAGCAAGAAGUUUAACCCCUUCUUGUAGAGAAAGCGACUUUGCUCCCAUUCCAUUCAUUCAAUUCCAAGAGAUCAAACAGGGGGUGUGAAGAGGCACCCCACCCGACCAUGGCAGUCUCGUGAGGAGGACAGAAGACAGAAUAGAAACAUCAACUUCUACUUAUUCCAUUAAAGAAUGACAAGGAGAUGCACAUGAUCACAUCCUUCGUCCCUCACACGUCUUCGGUUAUCCCCAUGUCUUCCUGCUGGUAGUUUUCCGGUGGCUUAAUCUGCCACAAAUUUCUCUUUGUGCGACGAAUUUGUAGCUCAGAUUAACUACCAAGUACUGCAUUGCCCGAUUCUUCCCACUUCAGAUCUCUUCUCUGUAGCCCUACGGGUGUGCAGUAACAAAAAAUGUCGUUUUUUUCGUGCAACUUCUUGUUAUAGGUUUCUGUUCUUUGGAUAGCUUCGUUCUUGUUUGAUGCCUUUGAUUAUCCUGAUUCUUAUAGUUUCUAAAUAUGUCAGAUAUGAGGCCACGCUGCUAUCGGUAUGAGUGGGUUACACUUUUCUUUAGAGAAGAGCGCAUGAACGUCAAGUAGCUACAAUGCUUCUGAAGUCAGCUCAAAGAGAAGAUACUUUGAGGCUGCCGCUGGUUCUUUCUGAGAACAAUGCCAUGCCUAUCAUCACCAGCAAACCCCGGGCGAGAGAAGUUUCUUCUAGGUACGGUGCAGGGAUGUCAUCAACUACAAUUUCCAACCCCAGUACUCCGAGACGAUGCUCAUCUCCAACUGCCAGUCGCACAUCCCCUGUGCGGGCGACAUCGCAAACGAAGCGAGCCCAAUCAGCAGAGAGGAGAAGACCAAUUGCCUCAUCACCGAGGUUUUCAACACCCACAACCCCAUCUUCUAGGCCUUCCACACCCUCUCAUCCAUCUUCAACUUUGGCAACACCCAUUCGUGAUACAGUGACAGAGAUGCAUGACAAAACCAGGCGGUUGCUCAGCAGCAAAACCCCUGAUGGAUUGUGGCCUUCGAUGCGUAGCCUGUCAUCUUCAUUUCAAUCCGAGUCUGUAUCAGUGCCUGAUAGUAAGACGGAAAAAGUAGUUGCAGGUUCUUCCUCAGAUCAUACGGUAAAGCCUUCAGCCAACGGGACACCAGAGAGGAAAAGGACCCCUUUGAGAGGGAGGAACACUACUGAGAACUCUUGUCCAAUGGAUAACUUGAAUGCUAGGGUCAUUGAUCAACACCGGUGGCCUGGUAUGCUGGGCAGGAGGGUGUCUGCAAAUGCCUUGGCAAGAAAAGUGAUACCAACAGACAAGAUCUGCAGAUCUGCUUCUUUAUCAGUUCCAUCAAGAGGGGUUUCACCAAAGAGAACCACAACAUAUGAUAGUGCAGCUAGAGAUUUCCAGCAACCAUUAACUGAGGCAGCAAGACGACCAUAUCCUGAUGGAAGUGGAAGGAUGAAGCAAGAUGCAAAAUUAGAUGUAAAUACUUCUUCACAACUUCCAGAGAGAUCAUCCUUAGUAGCAUGGAUGAGUACCACUCAUUCAACACCAAUCAAAGCUUCACAACGCUCUUCAUCACCAAGUAGGAUUUUGUCAUUGUCAUUAAAUACUUCCAGGGGCAUGCAGAGUCCAUCACGAGCAAGACUGCCGACUUCUAUUUCAUCAUCUGGCAAUGGAGCUUCUCAAGCAUGUGCUGCAUCCUCUGUCCUUAAUUAUGCUGUAGAAGUUCAAAAGGGAAAGAAGAAUGCGAGUCAUAUUGAAGCUGCCCAUCAGCUGAGGUUGCUUCAUAAUGCAGUCUUGCAAUGGCAAUUUGUCAAUGCUCAAGCCGAUGACACUGUUUCCAUUCAGAAAAAUAGGGCAGAGAUUCUCUAUUCUGCAUUGAAUACUAUUUCAAAGUUGCGUGAUUUCAUUAUUAGGAAAAGGAAUGAAGUGGAGCAUUUGAGACGACAGAUGAAGUUGGCCAUGAUUUUGAGAAACCAAGUGGCAUACCUUGACUGUUGGACACAAUUGGAAAGAGAAUAUGAUAGCUCCUUAUCAGAAUCAAUUGAAGUUUUUAAGGCAAGCACACUAUACCUUCCAGUUUCAAGAGGUGCAAGGGCAGAUGUAUUUUCUGUGAAGAAUGCUGUUAGUUCAGCAGUUGAUGCUAUGCAAGCCAUGGGUUUAUCGGUUUGUUAUUUGCUAUCUAAGGUAAAGAAUACACAGUCAAUGAUUUCUGAGCUUUCAGUUGUUUCAGCAAAAGAAAUGGCUAUGCUAGCCGAGUGUAGAGAAUUAUUAGCUUCAGUAGCAACAAUGCAGGUACAGGAAUCCAGUCUUAGAACAUACCUCCUGCAACUGAGACAUUGAUGGUUACAAGAUGAAGUAGUCAACCAAUGGCAUGCAUCCUCAGCUAAACUCCUAUCUAACAACUUAUAAUCCGCAGAGUUAACAACUACGCUUGUAUUAUUCUUGUUUUUCCAUUUCUUUUUUGUAUAUCUAUCACCUUUUAUGUGUUAUUUACACAUGUAAUAGCGCUAACUUGGAAAGAAAAAAAAAAUAUAUUACAGAGAGUUAAAGCAAGGUUAAAAAUGUGGUGUAAAGAACAUGGGUAUUGAUAUUUAGAAUCCAUAGGUUCAUAGUUGUUGUAAAUAAUAGAAAUGAGGUUUUGUAGCAAGGACAGGGAUUGUCAUUCACUUUGGACACUCACUCUAAGAGAGCUAACAUGUCUAUCACCAUUUUAAUCCUAGAGUCGAAAAAACUUGGCCUCCAUGUUCGUUGUUUUGACUUCAAUAUCUAAAUGCUCGUAUUUGAUUCUUC